AUUUGGUGAUGUUCAGCAUGGCACAGAAAAUAAAAUACUACUAGACCUGUACAGUGCUGGUUUAACUUUGAUUGUAAUUGUAGGUACUCAUCAACCUAUCUAUAGAAACAUUAAAAUGACAACCAAGAUAUGUGAAGUAUGUAAAGUAGGAGAAUUUAAAUAUAAAUGUCCACAGUGUUUACUGAAGUAUUGUUCAGUUAAAUGCUAUAAAAGUCACAAAGAAAUAUGUCAAAAACCUGAUUCUAAUAUAAAUGAUAAAGAAACUACAUCUUUAGCAAUAGCAGAGAAGACAGAAGGUUUAAAUGAUAUUCUGAGAUUAGGAGAGGAAGAAACAGCAGAUAGAGUUCCCUUAGAAAAACUUCAGAUGUUAGAAAAUUCAUCGAAUAUGAAAGUUAUUUUGGAGAAUCCACAUUUGAGAGCAAUGAUGGAAAAUCUGUGCAAUAGUGAACACGCUGAACAAGAAAUGGCAAAAGCCAUGAUGGAGCCAAUAUUUACAGAAUUUGCUGAUGAAUGUUUGAAAAUUGUAGAAAAUGAUACAUGAUUCCAAUUUAGCUAUGAAAUCUAUAAGAACUUUCAAAUCAAGAUAUUAAGUUUAUAGUGUGAUAUAAGCCGAGUGCUCUGGAUUUUGAUAUAUUAUGUGGAUAUGUGGUUUAAAGCCAAAAUAAGACAUUGUUAUACAGAUCUUGUAAAAAUAUGACUUAAAAUCAUGUCCAUGUUCAUAUAGUUAAUUAACUUUUUUCUAUAUGAGUUUUAUUUUUUUUUUUUAUUAAAAAUGUGUACUAUAGAACUAUUUUGUUGAUAUAUUUUAUGGUUC